AUGUCUCGUGAAACUCGCAUUUCCCUUUCCAUUUGCAUACGGAGGUGGCAUGUUACUAUCAUGGCCGGAAAGGCAGAUGUCCCAGCGGGCCCAAACUCCGCAAGUCCAGACAUACUCAAGUUUGACAUUAUUGGCCCUGGAGUGAAUAUUCUUGUUGCAUGGCCUCUCUCAAUGGAGAAAAUAAAAGGCACAGAUUUAACAUUUAACAUCAUCUCUAGUACCUCAAUGUCUUAUCCCUACAAAAGCGGCAUUGCAACUUUGCUCAAAAGUGCACACCCAGAUUGGUCACCAGCUGCAAUUAAAUUCGCAAUUAUGACUAGAUCUGAUCAAUCCAACCUCAAGGGUCAGCCCAUCCUUGAUGAAAGAAAACAUCCUGCUGAUGUAUUUGCCAUUGGUGUUGGGCAUAUAAAUGCAUCAAAAGCAAGUAAUCUAGGGCUUAUUUAUGAUAUUCACCUCAUUAACUAUAUUCAAUACUUGUGUGGCCUUGGAUACAAAGAAAAAGAGAUUGGGCUCAAUGUGCAUCAAAGUGUCAACUGCUCGUUAGUAUCAAGCACAUCUGAGGCGGAGCUGAACUAUCCUUCUUUCUCCAUUGUACUUGGAGCGGAGAAUCAAACUAUACAUCAAGAGUUACAAAUGUUGGUGAUGCAAAUUCCAUUUAUGUUGUUAGAAUCACUCAAAUUUUAG